AUGAAAUCAAGCGACACCCGUUCAAGAAAAUUAGCUGAGCCAUCAUAUAAGUUACGCAAAGUGAAGGGAGAAUGGAAUUUAUAUGAGUGUACGGGAAACCAGGAAGAUCAAGAUGAAGAUAAAGAUGAUAGCAGUAAAUUGUCAAAUGAAGAAAUGCUAAGAAGGAAGAAUACCGCUUCAGAUUUUGGAGUAGAAAAAGAAAAAGCAAUAACUGCAUUUAAUAAUUAUAAUGAAAAAUUAAAAAAAAAAUUUGAAUUUACGUGCGAGAGAAUCGGAAUAGAUUUCAUGCUAUUAGGAAAGUCUAAAAAACUGCGACGCAAAUAUCUAUUGAAGUACCUAAGGGAAUAUAAUGAAGCGGCCGCAGAAGAAAUAGAACAAACUCUCAAAUUUUUCCAAAGACGUUUUUCUAUUUUUAUGAGAAAAAGAAUAAUAUGGCUUUCAGAAUAUGAAUCAUUUAUAAAUCAGACUGACAAAAUAUGGAACACAAUAAUGAAGCAUCAUGCAAAAAGGUGGCGUAAGGUUUUAUAUUACAAGUUAGAAAAUCCUCAAGAUUUCUAA